AUGGAUAAUCGCCCCCUUUCGCAAUCCUCGCUCGACCCAGGCCUACUAGCUGGUUUCACGCCUGCCCAGCUUGCACAGCUUCGCCGGGCUCUCGACUCGACUCCGACAGCAUCGUCGCCAGGCCCUCAGGGUCCCACCAUGUCGUCGUCAGCUCCCAACACUGGACAGCCUGAUGCAUCGCCUGCUGCUGCGAGUGCUGCACCUCCGAUCACGCCAUAUCACAGCCAUCGGAGCCACCUGUCGUUGUCGUCGCUGGCCCCACCUGAACCUCCGCAACUCGCAUUUUCGGCUGCCCCUGCCCCCCUGUUUCCUACUUAUGGGUCUCAGCCAGCACCUUCGCUCGGCUUCCCAGGUGUUAUGCAGGCUGCGAUGCCACUUGCUGCCCCCUCGCCGACCCAGCCAUUCGUCGGGUUCAAUGCGACACAAGCACCAGGCACCUCGCAGCGAGUCAACAUCGAGAGGCGAACAUCAGCUGCUCGUAAUGCAGCUGGUCCAAGUCGGCAGCCUCGUGGGGCGAGCUCGGCUCCCCGAGCGACCCGAUCGCGACGCAGCCAGGCUCCGGUCGUCCCCCGGGGCAUACACAAGGAGAUAGGCCCAUGCCUGACUGAAGCUGGUCAAUUGCGGCUCGUCGCUCAUGUAUACCCUCCUUCUCUCGCUCCAGAUGCCGAAUCGAUGGGCUACAAGUUCCCCCUUUUCCAGUUUCGCUACUCCACCAUGCGAGACUACCUCAACUCCUUCGGCCUUGCGCGCACGUAUGAGCGCCCUUUCGAAACAUCCAUCGUCACUUUUGUUGAGGAUAUUAUCGCCGAUCUCAGGGCGUCACCUCUCGGCUACGAUUUCGCCCAGGUACUCAAUUUCUCGCAGCAUCGCCACGAACAGCUCGAGCUUCAGCUUCUGUCGCUGCAUAACAAGGGUACUCCCACCCAAGAUGGACAGGCAUGGCUCCAUCGCUACCCUGUUGCACCAGACAUGACCAUCGCCACCCUCGCGUCGUCUAUGUUUGUCUUGUACUUCUGUAAGCCUCGUCUCUGUAUCCGGGAUGGUGCACUUCAUGUCUACUUCGUCGUUGCCAAUGCCCCAGUCUCGCUUCGCCUUCCCUCUGCCCUCCCUGAUAGCCCGCCUCUUCCGCAUACCUGCAUUUCGGACGGAUUCUAUAAUGGGCUGCCACGCGAUGGGACACCUGGAUCGGGGCAUGCUCGCGAUAGCAAUGUGCUCUGUGAUUCGACGUGCCUAGCCAGAGACUCGGAGCUUACUAGUAGUAGCGACACCGAUGACGAGGUUGAAGAAGCCCUUGGCCUAGUUGGCCCUACUAGUCCUGGGUUGGAGUCGCUCAGCCUCGACGAUGGACCUGCUGGUCCAACUGCUCCUGCGGCAGUGUCCAAUGCUCCGAGCCACCCCCGACAACGAGUAUCGGCGCGGCUGCGCAGAGCUGGGCAGGCACAACUAUCAUCGAUCCCUGCUCUGCAGCGAACACAGACUAUACCAUGUUUCGUGCUGGACUUGAUCCCUCCUCGACUGGGAUGGUCGACUCCAUAUCGUCCGGCGUCUGGGUCCUACCACCCUGCUGUACGAUGCGAGGCUCUAGCAGAGCUCAGGAAUGCAGUUUUUGAGGCUGCAUCUGAUGGCCAGAGGCCUUCUUGUCGCCUCCGAAUCGACGGUUCUGACGUGCCGCAUAUGGCAGUCAUCUUCAAGGACAUGCUUGGCCAGGCUGCAGUCAACGGCGACUUCACCCACAUCCUUGCCAUGAAUCGAUCGUUCCGCGCCAUACAGCACCACGAAGUUGGCGACCUGCCUCUUGUUGCGUCGUUCGGCGAUGGGCUUGAACGGCAGACAAUGAUGGUACUGCUCGCAGAAUUCUCUCGCUGCUUACCAUCGUACUUCAUGACGAGGCUUGGCGAGAACUCCAACGUCCUUGCUUGCCCUCCGCGAGCCUUGAGUCCUGCACAGAAGGAAGAGCUUGGGGCCCUCGGUGCCAUCGUCGGCCUCUGCUUGGUGAAUGGUAUGGCAAUCCCGAAGAUCGCAGGAGAAUGGUUGAUCUAUCUUCUCAAUGGCUGCAACUUUGAGGCGAUCACGCGCGAGGUCACACAGGCCUUCCAUCCUCGUCUCGCAGCGGAGAUCAUCCAGCUCGACAGCAUUGGGACGACUGGCGAUCUCACACCAUUUGAAGAAGACUUUGUCAUUUACCUUGGGAAGCAUACUGCAUUAUACACGAUUCGUGACGAAGAAACCCAUGCUGCUUUUGCCCCAAUGCUCCUGUACAAGGCUCUGCUAGGCGACGACACUGUUGCAGAGCAUACCGAUACUCGUGCUUUCCGCGCAGGCUUCGAGUUGCCGUGUCACAACGGGUUCACGUUGUCGAAGGCUGCUCAAGCAUUCGCCGGUGGACCAGCUGCACUCGUGAUGGCGGCCUGUUCGACGCGAAUUGGCAGCUACGAAAGCCUCAAGCCUUACCUCGAUAUUAUCGUCAAGCACACAGUCCCUCUUCCCCUGAAGACGAUAGCCUUCGACGAUGGGCGUGCCAGUCUAGGGGAUGUGGUCAGGGGCUUCCUCCAGCGCACAGGCAUUCCCUGCGCUGCGUCGUUCGAGAGGAAGCGAGCUGCCGGGACGUUCACCUCUGACCUCGUUUCACUUGAAGAGAUCGACUCUCCGAGCUUCCGCCCUCGCAUGCUCGCCAUCGCUGCCACUGGCUCCGACUCGAUUGUGGGUAGCGAGAAAAUCAAGAUCACUUUCGUCGGCAAUAGUGACGAGGCGUAUGCCUGCCCUGUCGCGAGCCGCGCAUUCUGCGAAAAGGAAGGCAUCGUCAGCUGGCAGACAUGCUUCAAGGAGGGUGUCGUUCCGACUGCCUACCUCGCACAGCUCGUCCACGAGGUAUACGAUCCAAAUUCGGUGGACAAGCCGACAUCCCUCCUCAAUGCAAUCGACAGCUGGCUUCUUGAGGAAUUGCUUUCUGCGAUCACCAGUCCCCACGGUGGUAUCCUUUAA